CUGAAUGGAGACUUGAUGGAUGAAGAAAUUUACAUUUAUGUUGAAUUGCUUCAUAAUUUGACCCUUUAAGGUGAUAAUACACAACUGUCAUCACGCUUUAAGAAACUGCUAGCUAAAAUGAGCGCUCAAGACACGAAGAAAAUGAAGAGACGGAAGAUGAAGAAGGUUGCUAAACCUGGCCAAGUUUCGUCGGUCGCCCUUCAAAAUGAUCUCCCAGAAAACAACACUCGAUGUUUAGAAUCAGAGUUAAAGUUUUCAAAGAAGGAUCUUAAGGAGAUUGAGAAGUUCAUGGAUGCUCCAUAUGACUGUGAUAGCCCCAUGCCACCCCUGAGCCGAGGCCCCAACCCUUACCUGGGGGGUGAACGGUGUUUAUUAUGUCGCUGUGAGAGGCCAGACCCUCCAAAUGCCUCCAAAGUCAAAGAAGAAACAGAUGAUAAAAACAAGAGCGAAGAUGCUAGCACAUUGUCAGCACUUCCUCUAUGGGUGUGCCCUAACUGUCGCAGGUCUGUGGAAGAGGUGGAGAAAAAGACUGGCUUGUCAUCCCUUGACACUUCAUUUCUGGACCAAGAAUUCACCGUGGACUCCACAUCAUUACCGUUUUUAUCGGAUAUGAACUUGGGUUCAACAGUACCUGCUGGGGAGUCCAGCUCUGUCAAUGGCAGUGUGUGCACCUGUGAAGCCUGCACAGAACGCAGACAAAUAGAAGCUGAGCAUGAGAGAGAAACGCAAGAAUUACAAAAGUGCUGGAUGGAGUUGAGGAAGGCUGUUUGGCUGAUCUACCGUAAUGGGGAGUCUGUAGAGGAGGGGUUAUCUACCCCUGAUCCCGAGCUCACCAUGCCGGAGGAGGACAGAAUAACAGAACUUGUCCAUAGGCUGUGUAGCCGGGACCCCCAUCAACUCUUCCGUCGUCUUGAAUCCCAAGCUCGUCAAUUUGUGUUAGAAAAAAGGGUGACGCUUUUGCGUCAACUGACGGGCGGGCACAAGACAGUGGCUGAAGCGAGGGAGUUUGUGGGAAGAUUACUAGAGGAGUACUCUCAGCUCUGUAAAGCAGCCCAUAAGCUGGCUGGACUGCUACAGGAAUUGGUAAAACAAGACCAUUUGAAGAAGUUUAAGGUUACCUAGCUUCACAACAAACACCUCCAGUCCAUUGCAUACACAGACCCCAUGGUGCAGAAAAGUUUGCCACCUAAUCAAACAGCUGAGGCAAGGCUCUGCUUCCAAGAGACAUGCUACGAGGACCGAUAUCCAAACCUGUUACAGCGUUACCUCAAGUUUGAUGACGAGAUGUCCGUGGUGAAUGUGGUGUGGAGAGACUGCCAGCAACUCAUAGAACGUUAUAAUGAAGAACAGGAGGCAUCAAAAGUGAAGCAAAAAAUGCUUAAGGAGGAUUGGAUGUUUUUUAAACAGCAGAGGAAGUUGCUAGAGCAGCAAGUGUUGAAGAGAUCGACCAAUCAGACAGCUACUCAGUUGCUGGAGUGUACAGCAGGACUUGAAGCCCAUUUUACAGAGACCAUGAGGCAUCUACUGCAGGGCACCAAACCAAGUCCAGAGGAAUGUCAUUGUCCAAGGUGUAACUGGAAAAGAUGUCCCUGUGAUGAAUGUACAAUAAUGCACAUGAUAACCUGUGGUAUUAUCAACCCCGACUCAGUAGACAACAACCCUAAUCAGGCACCUAACUUCAAUCACGACUCCACAAGCUACCUGGAUGACGUGACCCCUCCCUCCAUGUCCAGCACAUCCUCCAGCAGUGGUCAGUCCAGUCCACUCAUGGUGGACCCUGACAGGUUGGCCUUGCAUCUAACCGACUGUCAGAAGGAGAAUGGCAAGGAGACGGGUGAGGAGGUGGAAGAGGAGAGUCAGUCUGACGAGGAAGAGGAUGAAGAAGAGGAUGAGGAGGAAGAAGAUGAUGAGGAUGAGGAUUAUGAUGAGGAUGACGAAGAGGAAGAUGAUGAUGAAGAGGAAGAUGAGGAGGAGGAGGAGGAUCUGGAUGAGGAAGAGGAGGAAGGAGAAGAGAAUUCCACUCUCCAAGCCUCAGAUUUCCCAUUACAAGCUUCCUCAGAGUUACCUCCCUUGUCAGCUGCAGAUUACACCCAGGCUUUUAGCCAGCAGGGGGCACUUCCUCUUCACCCAGACAUCAUGCAGAGCUGGUCCCAGGAUCAGCUCAACCCUCCUCUGACGACAGAUGCUGUUGGUAAAGUGACAAGUUGUGAUUGUCAUCACUGUAUCUCUCAGGCCAAAGCUCAGCAGGUGCCUCAGGAGGACGGCCAGUGUCAGUGUCACGUGUGUCUUCAGCAAAGGGGAAAGAUCGUGCCCACAGCUCUGCCCCAGCACCUGCCUGCAGCGCCCCGCCCUGAACUCCACCUCUACCCACAUAUCCACGGCCACACGGGCCACGUGCGGCCACUACUACAGCCACACCUCUAUGACCUUCACGUGCCCAUGAGGCAACCCAAGCCUGUGGUUCCCCCAGCCAAAGUGCCCCUCAAACUGGACUUUGACACUCCAGAAGGCUUUCAGGAGCACAUGUACCAUGCUUACGGGGAGUGGGACAACACCUAUAACACCCGGAUGUUGUUAGAUAGCCAUAAGUACGGGGCGGCUUUAGGCACAGAUCUACUGCCUCCCCCUCCCCUACCCCCAGGCCCUUUUAUCAGUGAAGGCUUGUCUAUGGACGGUAGUGCUUUCAUGAACCCUGUCAACACCUCCAGCAUUUCUAACCACUCUUCAACCAGCAGUAUGAUGGCGCCUUCGCGACCCUUUGACGUGCAGUCCUCUCUUAGCCCUGCCAUGAGUCAGCCCCCUGCUGCGCAGACAGAGUCUUGUCAGAAAGCCACAGUGCGGCGUGCCAGCCGAAACACCUCCAACAAACACCAAGUGAUAUCUCAAGGGCAGUUGAAUGGCCAGCUCCCACCGUUAACGCCCAUGCCUCCUGUUACGCGACCGGCACCAUGGGAGGUAACUGCAAUAGCGCCAUCGGGAGAGAAGAUGCAGCGAUGUAAGCAUGUGUCCUCUCAGUCUAAGCACUCCACAUCCCAGCCGCAGCAUGUCAAUCACACGGCAAUGGACUGCUGGGGUCAUUCACUGGGCAGGAACCCUCCAGAGCUGAUGAGGGGCAAUUUGCCCAGGAAAGACGAAGGCAAAAUGGCAAUUGGGCCCAACGCUAAUAUUAACCUCAAUCCUCCGCAUUCAUGUAAUCAUGGACACCCGCGGAACACCAGUCAUCUCCACCAGCCUGGGGCGCCACUGCCUCACUCAGGGGGCUGUAGCAACGCCCUUCCGCAGGCUGCCAAUGGCAGUAACAGCGUGGGUACUUCCACCAUAUGUACUGACCCAGACUGUGAGACAAACCACGACGAUAACUACGACAGCAUAGACGACAGCGGAUCUGAGCAGAGUUCUUCCACCUCCACAUCCAACCAAAAGGAAGGCAAAUACUGUGACUGCUGCUACUGUGAAUUCUUCGGCCAUAGUAAUCCUCCCAGUCUACCAACCAGCAAAAACUAUGCAGAAAUGAGAGACCGGUUGAGACUGCGGUUGAAAAGGAAGAAUGAAGCCAAGCAGGAUGACAUGCCCAAACCCAUCAACUCGAUCUGCACAGCCUCCUCCAAGUCAAAAGACCCACUUGAAGUGAAAGGAUUGGAUGAGUUGCUCAAGUUUAUAAAUGGUGUGGAUGAUCCCAAAGAUAAACAACUUAGUGCCAAGGCUGCGAAGAGAGCGCGACAGAAACAACGCAAGGCUGAAGAAAGGGCAAGAAAAAUGGAGGAGGAAAGGCAAAGGUUGCGACAAGCAGAGAAAGCUAAGAAGGAAGCUGCCAAAGCGUGUUCCGCGGAGUCCAACCGCAAAACAUCUCAUCGUUUUCACAAAGAAGAACUGGAGAGGUAUCUGGAAGGUGAGGAGUCCCCCGGUCCCCAGCGCAAGAAGAAAAAGGCACGUGUCAGGUCUGCUGUGGUGCAGGAAGAUGCAGCCAAUAAAACACACUCUCAAAAAAACGUUAAAACUGCCUCAAGUAAGGAGAACAAUAGUGAGUUGAAUACCUGUAUGGCUGAUAACUCUGUUAUCUGUGAGAAUAAAUCUGCCACUCGUCAGCAGCCAGCAACAACAACAACCAACCAUGUGAUCAGUGAUAAGAAAACUGCCCAGUCUUCAACUUCACUCAAGCCGACCAGCAAUGAUAACUCAAAAUCUAAACCCAAGGAAGAGAAGUUACGAGUUCUGAUGGAAACUUCAGUUCUAGCAAAAGCAAAUGGUAGCCCAGCUCAGCCAGCCAGCCCUAAGCAGGUGGCAAAACGUAGCACAACCAAGAUAGUUCGCUCGGUUAACACUGUGACAAGUACGGCACCACCUAGCUCACAGGUGAGUGCCAGCCAUAGCAUGGUGAGUAGUAGCAGCUCCCCUCGUACGACCCCGUCACAGCCUGAUAAAUCUUCCCAGGUGAUGGCUAACAAUGCCCAGAGGAAGGGACUUAAGAAGCCUAAUGGCCAGGUGCAGCAGAACAACCUGAAUAACCUGAACGGAGGCCCACAGUCGCCUAUUACCCAAGCCCGUAACGGCCUUCUCAUACAGCAGGCCAACUGUCAGGUCAAUGGCCAGAAGUGGACAGUGCCCCAGAAGGAUAAGGUGAAGCCCUCAGCCGUGAGCAAACCAUCGAGCCAGCCCGUCAAACCUCCCACCCAGUCUGUGAAGGUGUUCAGCAGGACAGAGCCGAGCCCUCCUAAGGCCCGCCCUGGGGAGAAUGGGGUUCAUCACCCAGCAGAGCAGAACCUCCGCAGUGGCGAACAGGUUCUCCGUAGUCAGGAGCAGAAUAAACUCCAGACAGGGAAAAAUAAGAAGAAAAACAAGAAGAAUCGUAACAAUGAAGAUAUCAAUCAUAUUGAUGAAAUCUUCAUGCCACGUACAGACUCAGAUCUGGAAGGAGGUGAAAUGGAUGACUUUGAAAGAGAACUCGAGGAAUUCAAGAGAUUUUGCUUUGACUCCACGCCAGCCCCUCGUCAGAAGCUCCAGGUUAAUGUCAACCUAAAGGAUAUCUUUGCCAAGAAGAAAUCUGGCCUGGGCUGCAGUUAGAUAUGGCCUAUGCUCAAUGAUCUAAGGGAAAUAACUCCGUUGAUCUGUGCUCAUUCUCAUCUUGUGCUGCUUUCAUCGUAUGAUGUUCUGGGACAGAAACCAUCAUCGCCGAGAGAUAAAUGUUGGGGAUAAUUUGAUUUGAAAAUUAUUUAAUCUAAUACUCUGUAAUAAGCUAUUAUUUUGCUAUAGAUAAGCAUGGUUUAAGCGGGAUUACUCUCAAUGUUAAGACUAAAAUAGUGGAAAGCUGAGAUUACAUUUGCUGAACAUCAUACAAUAGUGACUGGCUUUCCAAGGUCAGACAACUCUUGAUUAUAAAAAAAAAAAACACUGCUGUGUAAUUGUUGUCCUGUCCUUGGAUCAUACUUAGGCGAUGUUGUGUUUCAAGUGACUGGGGCUAUCUCGGCUGAUUCAUCAGCUUCCUCACCUCAUUCUUGGCUAAACAGAAAAUUGAUAGCAUGCUAAAUGUUUAAUAUUAAAUUCGGGUCAAGCUUUUUGAAAGUGUUGCAAUUCAUUAAUAAGUUUCCUUUUAUUUGUUCAUUAAUUUUCUUUUUAAAACCCUGCACACAUAUCUUGGGCAGUGGACUUAACUCUGAAGUGACAUUUUAAAUCUAAACACCAGCAAGUGUUGAAAUGAUAAAAUUAGUAAUUCAGAAAAUUGGGUUAAUACAAUGGGAAAUUUGCAGGAGAUCUUGCUAAGUCAUUUGUAUAUGGUGUUGACGAUUCAGACCUUACCCUGGCCAUGCUGUUAACAGACAUUGGUGAGACUUAAUGAGGAGGGCUUCUGAUGCAUUACUUAGGGACACGUCGCUUCACAUUCAAGAUUACUCGUUAAGACAGAGCGGCAAAAACUACCUGCCUGGCUGAGAACAAAUUCAUGCAGGCAAUUGUUGCUGAGUUAAUCAGCUGACAAAUUGGAAUGUGCUGUGGUUUACCCUGAAUUGGAAUUGCCAGAAUGAUUUAUUUGAAUGUAAUUUGUUAGCCUGUAAACCACCUUGAAGGAAAAGUAAAUGCAGUUUUUACAUAUAAAUGAA